GCUACCCAUAGCUGAAGAUGUUUUUCUUCUCAGUAUCGAAAUCAGGCUUCCUACAUCAUGGAGAGCGCAAAACAUAGUGAAGCGACGUUACAGGCGCAAUCUGUCGCCAUAGACGACAAGAGUCUACGUGAAGAUGUACACACCCCACCAGCAGAAGCGCCAGUUCCAAAAUCCGAUGAAAAGCCCGACGAGCACAAGUGGCUCACAGGCCUCCCUCUUCUGAUGGUCAUGACUGCAGUCACGCUGGUGGUGUUUUUGAUGUUAUUAGAUGUGUCUAUUGUGUCUACGGCUAUUCCUCAUAUCACGAACCAAUUCCAUUCGCUUGAUGAUGUCGCCUGGUACGGUAGCGCAUACACAAUUGCGAGCGCAUCGCUACAGCCUCUUACUGGCAAAUUCUACGGCAACUUCGUUCAAAAAUGGACCUUCCUCGGCUUCUUCUCGGUUUUCGAACUCGGCUCUCUCAUCUGCGGUGUCGCUACCUCAUCCAAGAUGCUUAUCGUUGGAAGAGCUGUGGCCGGCAUGGGGUCUUCGGGCAUGGUAAACGGCGCGCUUAAUAUCUUGGCUAGCAUCUUACCUAUGCAUAAGCGACCGAUGUUCAUGGGAUUCAUGAUGGGAUUUUCUCAGCUGGGACUAGUAUGUGGUCCGCUUAUCGGUGGCGCAUUCACCUCAUAUUCGACAUGGCGUUGGUGCUUCUACAUUAAUCUUCCGAUUGGUGCCCUGGUCGGCAUCCUUCUGAUCUUCACUAACAUUCCGGAACAACAUGCAAAACCCAGAGCUGCGGAAGUCUUCCGGUCGGUGAUUCUUAAGAAAUUCGACCUCUUCGGAUUUGUCCUGUUCGCACCCGCCGCUAUUGAGCUGCUGUUGGCUCUCCAAUGGGGCGGCAGUCGGUAUCCCUGGAAGAGUUCGACCAUCAUCGGUCUGUUUUGCGGGUCCGCUGCGACGUUCGUCGUCUUCGGUCUCUGGGAGCGGCGCAUGGGUAAUGAUGCUAUGAUUCCGGGGCAGUUAGUAAAACAGCGCAUAGUUUGGAGCAGUUGCAUGACCAUGUCGAUGAUGUUCGGAAUGACCAUGGUUAUGGCGUACUACCUACCCAUCUACUUCCAGUCCGUGAGAGGCGAAUCCGCCCUCAUGAGCGGUGUCGACUUGCUGCCGAAUAUUCUAUGCCAGCUGGUUAUGGCAGUGCUCUCGGGUAUCCUUACUGGCAGAUUAGGAUACUAUCUCCCAUGGGCCAUCUUUGGCUCCAUCAUGACCUCCAUCGGCACUGGUCUCCUGUCAAUGCUCUCCCCCACCACCUCGACACGAGAUUGGGCCGGCUUCCAGGCCAUAGUAGGUCUUGGACGUGGCGCUGCCACUCAAGUACCCAUGGUCGCCAUCCAAAACGCCGUAACCCCCGCUCAGAUCUCCCCCGCAAUGGCCAUCCUCACAUUCAGUCAAACCUUCGGCGGCUCUAUCUUCCUCGCCGUCGCCGAGGUCCUUCUCACCGCAGGCCUGAGAAAGAAGAUCCCCGAGUACGCACCGAGCGUCAACCCCGAGACUGUCAUCUCAGCGGGCGCUACUGGAUUCCGGGAUGUCGUUCCAGCCAAGGAUCUUCUCUCGGUGCUAGUUGCGUAUUCGAAGGCGAUUGACGAGGUAUUCUAUCUGUGUGCGGCGCUUUGUGUGGUUCAAUUCUUCUUUGUGUGGGGCAUGGGGUGGAAGAAUGUCAAACAGGGGAAGCAGGAGCAGGAGAAGAAGAAGUCGGGUGGGGAGGGUAAGGAAGUGGUUUAAUUGCACUUUUGUUUUCUGUGGAAUGGGUUGGGUUCCAUUGCAUGGUUUUGCGGUGUUGCGUUGGAAUAUUAUAGAGUCAUAGUUGACUUGAUUAGCGAC